GCUAAGUACCUCAGUUAACUUUAGCCCAUGCUAGCCGCUAGUCAGUGUAGUUUUACCCUCUGAUACACGGUGGUAUUACAGCUAAGUUAACGUUAGUGUUAGCUACUACUACUACUACUAAAAGCUGGCGUUAUUUCACGAAAUAGUUUUUGCAAAGGUGACUUUGAAGACGUGUUGCCGCCACGUCUGUUCUUAGCUGCUGUCGGUACUUGUUGUAGUGACUUAAUUCAGCACUGUUGUUUGAUUUAUUGCUCGUAUACCUUGAGUUUUAUAUGAUUAUUAGUGGGACGUGAGCACCUGCCGUUUUCUUUAAGCCCUGAUAGAAGUCAUAGAAAAACCGGGUAAGGUCAAAACAGCACUAGUUUCCUUGACAACAACGCGGAAGUUUCUAGAGCCUAUAGCUGAAGGUGCACUGCGCAGAUUUUAGCAUUGACAGAAAUACAACACUAACCUGUUGGUUGUCUGAUUUAUUUGGGAAGCCAGAUAAGCGGCCCCUGAGGUGUGUUGUCGUUAUCUAAAGAGGCUCUGGAGUGGAGCAUCAGGGGCCACCAGUUAAGCAAAAGAAAGCAUUACCUUUUUUUUGAGACUACAGUGAAGUCCAGACUGGCAAGGAGAGAGGCUGAGGGGGAAGCAUGGCCACUGACCAGGAGCCCACGUUCACAGUCAAGCUGCUGCAGCUGCUGCUGCUCUCCACCUACUGGGGAAUGCAGAUCUGGGUCACUUUCAUUUCAAGCUUUGUGAUGGACAACCACCUGAACAGACACACGUAUGGGUUUAUCCAGAGUCGUCUUGUCCCUUUCUACCUCCACUUGGGUUCAGCUUGUGCCUUCUUUAACCUCACCAUCUAUGCUGUGUAUCACCCCAGUGACAUGCUGGAUGACAGAGAAGCCUUUCAGAUCUUCAUCUUCUUUGUGUCUGUGACAGUUGCGGCUGUCAACGCCCAGUGGUUCGGCCAAAUGACAUCAGAGAUCAUGGCAGACAUGCACCUUAUUGAGCAGGCGUGCGGUUUGGGUCAGGAUAUCGGCCUGUCGUCGAAUCGCGAAGCUUAUGCCAAGCUGUGUGAGACGGAUGUCAAAUAUAGACACCUCAGCAGUCGCCUGUGGCGGUACAGACUGCUGUCCUCCCUCAGCAACCUCUGCUGCAUAGGCUGCAACUUCUACAGUCUCUGUUACAUGGCUGAGAACCUUGUCACACUGUAACUGACACACAGCAGCAGGACUGUUAAAUUGUUAAACUGUUAAACCCCCCCCCGUCACUCCCUUACAAAAUCUUUUUUUUGUAUUAAAGCAUUAAGUUAUAUAUUUAAUACGAAAAGUCUUUAUCUCUCUCUUUCUCUGUUUGAUUAGUUAUUAGUUAAAAAGUCUGGAAAGCCUUGUUGUUCUUGUGCCUUGAAAGGAUAGGAUACAGCCACCAUGCUCAGAUUGAGGCUGCAUUUCUCUCCUAAAAGGUGUAGGGAGACAAAUCAGUUUGUACAAUGAGUAAUGCCUCACCUUUCACCUAGUGUGGCUGAGGCUGGUGGUGGCCUUGAGAUUUCCCUUUACCGAUACCAUUACAAUAUGGGACCCUUCAGGAACCUAAAACAUAAGGGGUGUUUUUAAAAGCUUUGUACUUGCAGUAUCGGAGACGCCAUAGUAGAAAAUAGCCCAAUGCACUGCAUCUUUUUUAAUAUGUAAGUAACAGAAAGGCACAUUUAUUAAAGGGACUGCUCCUAUGCUGCUCAGUCCUGCUCUUCCUGUUUGGGUGGAGUUACGUGCUCACAGUGCAGUGGCACAGGUUUGUCUUGCUUACCAUGUAGUAACUAAAGAGCACCUGUGGAGCUGUGCUUCACAUUUCAAAGUACAAGGUUGCACUAUCUUGUCCUGGCCACUUGUACUAUAUGGUAUACAAUCAGUACUGAUUUUAGACCAUCUAAAAAACACUUGCACCAGUGGUUUAUUUGGUAUAUUGGAAUAAGAAUUUAUUGGUAAACAUUUACAGUGUAUUGAUCUGUAAAUGAUACAGAUGUUUUUGUUUGUUUUUGAUGCAGAAGGUUGAUCUUGUGUUAUGAAUCUGUCCCCCAACAGGUAGACCCUUGCUAUCAUCAUUGUGUCCUCGAGGAAGACACUGUUGCUGUUGCAUUGACGAGCAUGAACCUAUGUUGGGGACAGGGAUCAGAAUGGUCAAUAGAAGGUUUGAUUGCAUGGCAUGUUUUUUGGGGGGAUGGUAUUAAGUAUUGUUUAGACUUGCUGAGAUGAUGUGGGUCUAUUUCGACUCAAUAUCUGUGAAGAUAGUUUGGAACCCUCCAGAAAUUUUGUUUCUGAACUUCCUGUGCGUCCCAGCACACUAACUUUUGUUUUACCAAGCAAGUGUGCUUUAGGAAAAAAACAGUAACCUUAGGGGCCUUUAUAGCAGUGUCUAUUCUGAGACCUGAAUGAGAUCUCUGCACUAAACCCUUUCACUAUUCAUCCCGGAAUGACCUCCUCACAUGAAAUGUGUCAGUCAGACAUUGUGGCUGUUGGGAAAUAAUGCAGCAAUGAUAGGAAUGGGAGCCAAAUUAUUUUGUAUUGUACUCUCACUGGAGUUAUGUGCAGUGCAGUUCUCAGGUGUCAGUUUUUUUCUGUCAUAGUUUGAACAUCCUUGCAUCGUUUAGUGUCACAUAUCAAUCAGAGAGGAUUUGCGGUCAUUUAUACAUUAUGGUGUCUUUUUUUUUGCACAUAUUGAAAUUGUUAAACCUCUCCACGCUAUGACGGUCCUUGUUGUAACAGCUUAGGUGAAACUCUUCUCUCUUCUGUUCUUCUACUUUCUGUUGUCCUGUGAUAUACAUGUUCAGUACACCAAAGUAACAUCUGUAAUCACAGCAGAGGCAGCUGAGUACAGACUCUGAAACUCUAUUCUUGUUUUUCUUGUAUUUGUCCAGACUGGACCGAUGAAGGUGCUUAUGUGCUAGUUACUGGCAAAGACAAUGCAAUAUUACUUGGUAGUUGUUUUAAAAUAUCCUCAUAACAUAUCCGCUUUUCUUUUUGUCAUAUCGCCUGUUGGCUCAGCCAGUUUAAAUUAAUAACAUUAAAAUGCAAGUCAUCUGGCAGUUUUGUGCAUAAACAUACAAGUUGUAUUUGGAUGUGGCAUUUUAGAACACAUUUUUACAUUAAUUACUGAAUAUUUAUACCACGUUCUUAAUAUGUUUGAGAUAAUGGGUUGUAAUUGUUGGUGUGGCUUGUGAAAUACUGAAUGCAAGACCAGUGAGGUCCGAGGUCAUGAGCUGUUUAUGGUAGUGGGUUUGUAUCAAAGAUGUUAUAUGUAUGGUAUGUUUUUUUUUUUUUUUAUUAAAGAUUAUGAAAUUUUGA